AUGACAGAGAAUUCCCCGAUAGGAACAUUAGUGAUGAAGCUGAACGCCACUGAUCUUGACGAGGGUCUGAAUUCAGAGAUAGUGUACUCAUUCACCCUUUACACGUCAGAAAAAACACAAGAUGUCUUUGCGCUGAAUCCUAACACUGGGGAGAUAACGGUGAAAGGAACUAUAGACUAUGAAGAUAUGAAGUUUUAUGAGAUGCACGUCGAGGCCAGAGACAAAGGGACUCAUCCCUUGUUAGGACAGUGCAAAGUAGUCGUCCAUGUGACUGACAUGAAUGACAAUUAUCCAGAAAUCACCAUACAGUCUGUUAAAAACACAGUUGAUGAGAACAUACCAGUAGGAAGCGUCAUUGCGCUGGUGGGAAUAAGUGACCGAGACACAGGGGAUAAUGGAAAAGUAAGCUUGUCUAUACAUCAGCCAAUGCCCUUUAUUCUUAACGAAGCAUCAGACAGACCAAUGCAUUACAAGCUCAUCGUGUCCGAGCCACUGGAUCGCGAAACAGUACCUGAAUAUGAGAUCACUUUGAUUGUAACAGACGCAGGAACGCCUCCUUUAUCUGACAAUGAAACAAUAAGUGUCCACUUACUGGAUAUAAAUGACAACGCGCCACAGUUCCCGCAGUCAUUUUAUACUAUACGUGUGAAAGAGAAUAACGCACCCGGGGCCUUGCUCAGCUCACUCACUGCGUUUGACCCUGACCUCCAUGAAAACCAGUAUCUAGUUUAUUUCAUCCUAGAGAAGGAGAUAGCCAACACCUCCAUGUCCAUGCUGUUCUCCAUUAAUCCAGAGAAUGGGAAUCUUUACGCACUCAAGACUUUUGACUAUGAGAUAGAGAAGGAGUUUCUUUUCCACAUCGAGGCCAGAGACUCUGGCUCUCCUCCACUCAGCAGCAACGUGACCGUCCACAUCAUUAUUGUGGACCAGAACGACAACGCUCCUGUUAUUGUGUCUCCGUGGCGUGCGCAUGGCUCGGUGGUGGAGGAAAAGAUCCCCAGAUCCACGGAUAAAGGCUCCCUGGUUUCCAAGGUGAUUGCCUUAGACACAGACUCUGUGCACAACUCUCGGAUUACCUACCAGUUUCUACAGGUGACUGAUGCCACCUUGUUUAGUCUGGACCAAUACAACGGAGAGAUCCGGACUAUGAGGAUGUUCAGUUACAGAGAUCCACGUCACCAAAGGCUGGUUGUUGUUGCCAAGGACAACGGGGAUCCUGCUCUCUCUGCUACAGUCACCAUCAAGCUGUCCACAGUGGAGACUGCUGUUAAGACCUACUCUGACAUGACUGAGGUGCCUCUGGAAUAUGACAUCUUCUCAGACCUAAACCUGUAUCUGGUCAUCGGUCUGGGCUCUGUGUCAUUCCUCCUGCUCAUCACCAUUUUGGUCACCAUCGUGCUCAAGUGUCAGAAACCCAAGCCCAGCAAAGCGGCUCCUCCCUCCAGGAACAGUGUGAUCAGUGAGAGGAACUCCACCAUCGCAGAUUCCACUCUGGUCUCCAAUGAUGCCUACUGGUACAGUCUGUUUCUAGCAGAGACCAGGAAAGGAAAGUUGGUGGUGAGACAGCCUGUUCCAAAGGGCUCCAGAUACAUUGUUUCCAGUAUACCAAGAGGAACAGGACUGACAGACACUAGUGACUCAGCAGCUUCUACUCUGCAGAAAAGCGACGGCCGACUGAAGCCAUGUAUGACUCACUUUCAGUUGAGACAACCAGGGAAGGACCGGACGGAUCCGUGGUGCUGA